CAAUGACUUCUUUAUCUUCCUUCAAAAACCCAGCCGGCUAUCAUCUCCUCAGCUAUGGCACCCUUCUGGGCUCUACGCUCUUCCAGUCCUUCAUCGGGGGCAUCAUCGCCUUCCGCGUCCUCCCACGCCCGCAAUUCUCAACCCUUCAGAAGAACACGUUUCCCGCGUACUUCAUCCUACAAACCGUCACCCCAGCACUCAUGAUCCUCACAUAUCCCUCCUUCUCAUCGCGCCUGUCUCCCUUCUCGACCAAGUCAUCCAAGGACACGCUUGCUUUCUACCUUCUUGCCACUAUGCUAGUGACGGGCAUUGUGAAUAUGGUGUAUGUAGGCCCGAAGACGACGGAGAUUAUGAAGUUGCGAAAACAUCAGGAGACCAAGGAUGGACGGAAGAGCUACGACAAGGGGCCUGAACCGCAUAGUGCCGAAAUGCAAAAGUUGAACAAGCAGUUUGGGAUGCUACAUGGUGUUAGCAGCUUGGUAAACUUGAUCGGGUUUUUGGGCAUGUGCUGGUAUGGAGUUCUGCUGGGUGAGGGGUUGAGUUUGUGA